GGAGAGUCCUUCCGUUCCUCUGUGUUUUGCCCCGUGUCAACUCAUACUCUAAAGCCUUGGAAAUACAGAGAUCCUUGGAGCUUCAAUCAGGACAGAAAAUCGUUAUUCCACGUCAACUCCGUUCAUGGUACUCUUUGUUUUAUUCUGAAUUUUAUUGACUUUUACUAGAGAAGGGUAAAGGUGUGGCUGCUUAUCUAGGAUUGUCCAUGGAUUCUGGGCCAGCCUUUAUUUUUAUCCAGCCUUUUUACCUGUGUUUUUACAGCCUUUUUGAAAGUUUGGCAACAUUGUUGUGGACCCGGAAUAUAAAGUGAUCAGUCCGAGAAAUGUAAUCUUUCGGACGGUAACUAGUUUGCUUCCUAGCUAGCUGAACGCAAGAAAAUGUUGUGAAAUCCAGCUAACGUCUUGUGAAUGACGGUUUUUGAUUUCUGGAUCCAUGAUGCAGAAAGUGUCACUUUGUUUCUGCGGAGAGAAAUUAAUAUUUGCUUCUCAAAAUCAUUUUUGUUUAUCUGACGAAACUUUUACUCCGAAAACGAAUUAGUAGAGACAAUGCCAGUUCUAAACUUAGUGGGUGUGAACCGCCAGUCAGAAGAGGGGUAACCUGCCCCGUGAUCCGUCAGAGAAGAGAAGCUGUAUAGACUGUCUUAAGAAGAAGAAGAAGAAGAAGAAGAAGAAGAAGAAGAAGAAGAAGAAGAAGAAGAAGAAGAAGAAGAAGAAGAAGAAGAAGAUGGGGAGUUAAAAGUGACACAGUAGUCUUGACUUUUACUUUUUGCUUUCUCUCCUCCCCUCUUUCUUCGCUUUCCUUGCCUUAUUUUUUCUCUCUUGCGGGGCAUUUAGUAGGCUUCAGAUUCGUAGGAAAAGUUUUUAGGAGAGCUUUUAGGAUCUUGGCAUUAGUUGAAAGCAAAGGUAGGUGGGAAGUGGAACAAGAUUUUCAUGGUCAAUGUUACCUGGUAUUCUGCCUUUUUCUCCGGUGUCCUUGACUGAAUUGUGCUCAUUCUUGUAUGGUUUGAAAGAUCUCUUCACUCUGUACAAGUUAGCGGACAAAGUGAUCCUUGACUAUUAAAACUGAUGACGUCACAAGCGGUAGAAAAGAGGUGGAUUCGCACGGGACGGUUACGGGCGGCUCAAGGGCGUGGGUUAAUUGUCGCAGGCUAUGCACAAUCAAGACCCAAUAUAGCACACUGUUAACAGACGAAGGUAAAUUACGUAUCUUAUCAUCUGUCAAGCGAAAAAAAGGAGCGUCAUCGCCUCAUUAGUUUCUUUUCACUGAGUUUGAAAAAUCCAUUCAUCCAGUAAUUUAAAAAAAAAACCGCACAAAUUGUAUUUUAUAGAUAUUCUUAGCAGUGUUGCAGCUAUGAAAUCAAUCAGCUUAUAAAUGCAACAAAAACCCAUUAUCCCUUUUUCCUUCUCAGACCCAGAUCUAUAAUUGAAGGAAAUGUUAAACCGCAAACAAGAUAGUUUACAUAUUUUCUGCAUUUCUUGUUUUCGCUUGUUGUGCCGCGGGGCUUAUCCUUUUCACAUGUUGCUAUAGCAACGUAAGAGUCGAUGAAGUAAGAUGGUCUCGUUCUAUGCGAUCGUGUAAGGAAUUCAUCAAUUUACUUUUCAGCAUCAAAUGUAAGUGAGAAUUCUCUUAUCUGAUUUACUUAACGAACUUCAAAGGGCAUUUUUGUUUCUUCUUACAAAAAAUCUGCGAUUUAGGCGCGUAAAAUGUCUAGUCUCCCGCGACAACACAGAUUCGACUGGCCAUCGCAGAUCUUUUGUGAUUAUUUGUUCGUUUCUGUGUCAACAUGACUUUAGAAUUGCUUACAGUUGUUACAUUAAUAAUAUAUUAGACUGAAGUUCCUUAAGAGCCUCAGCGAUCGCUGGAUGAUCGAGUACUAUAAUCUUUAAUGCAAAGAAUGUAAGCUUGUGUAAAGAAAACCGCGUAUGCCUUUAUAUAAUUCCUCUCUCACAACAGUACACGCGGUUAAACAGUCGUUUUCAAGCAUGGCUUUGUUUAUAGCUGUUUGAUUGGAAGGGAAUUUCUGACGAAGUCUUCUUUUACUAUAAUCGUUGUCAUGUAAUUAAACGAGAAGUGACCCGGACUGCUGAUGUAUAAUUAAAAACCCAUUCCUUGGCCAUGUUGACGAAGAUCUGUUCGGAGACGACUUUGAUUUAGUACACGCUUUGAUUUAAUACUACUAAAGAAGUGGUUGAUCAAGAGGUUCAAGUGGUGUUCUCAGGGUUUUAACCUGUUUUAUACAUGUGCAUAGAGUGCGCAGAAUAACACUAUGUCCAAGAAAGAACAACAGUUCUGAUCAGCUGUUCUAAAAAUACUGAAAGCAUUGUCUUCACACCAUAUUUGUGGAAUUGUAAAAGGCUAGAUCUACAGCCACAAUCUUGGACAAAGUAAAUGGAAAACUUAGACCCCCCUCACAACAAGUCAAAAAUUGGAAAAUGGUGUGUUUUGGUUGUCACGCAGCUUCACCUUGAUUUUGGGGUGUUAGGGUUUUUGCUGUUCCAUUUUGUUGUGACCAUGAUUGCAAUCUUGGACAAAAUAAAGUAAAAUUUAGACCCCCACCCUCCCCCAAGUCAAAAAUGGGAAAAUGGUAAGUUUUGGCCUUUGGUCAGGUUCAUCCUCGAUUUCUUUCUUUAAAUAAAUUUGUGGGCGGUGUUGAAACAGGAACUGAAGGUAUACUUGCCCAGCUCAAGAAAAAAGAGUUUGUGUUUUGUUACAUUACCUCAAAACUGAAAGAAGUGUUGUUUUGUAGACUGUUACACUGUAUAAGAUGUUGACAAACUCUUGCCAACCAUAUACUUUAGCACAUUGACGUUAAAUUUAUAAAAUUGGUGUAUGUGAGAAAAUAGUCAGGGAGUUUUACCUGUUUUGCCAAAUAUGUUCUCGUUGAGAUUAUCCAUGAUUUGUUGAGAGGAAAAACUUGACACAACAAGUUUUGAUUUUGAAAGAGAAAAAUUAAAAUAGCCUGUGGGCGAUCGACCCCUUACAGGGAUGCUGCAAACCCGGUCAAGUUUCAGCAAGGCUAUCAUCAUCACAAAACUCAGUGGUUUGAUAGUGGCAAAGUCACCGGUGGUGCAGGUGGAGGCGGGCUUGUUUAUGGCUCAGACCCAAGCAAUAAAAGCACUGGUAAGAUGACUGUUUAG